AUGUUGGAGUCACUGUUGCGCCGCCCUCAAAGGCUUCUUGUCCUCUUGGCGGCCUUUAUGGUCAUCUUGCUGCUAUCUACCUAUCUGUCUCUAUCCUCAUGGGGUUCCGAGCAAAUCCGUACUCAGCUGAAGCAUAUUCCGGCCAUGUUUGGUAACCAAACGUGUCCCACAGGUGACUUGCUUGCCUAUUCGAACGGAAGCUCACUGCCUAAUCUAUUCAUGAGCAAUAUUAAGACAGUAGAGGAUCUUCGUCCUUACGCCGUUCGUGGUGAUGAUGGCAAUCUGUACCCGCCUGAGUUCUAUCCUAAAGACAUUAACAAAGCGCCGCGUGCCAAGGCUGCCUUUAUCAGUUUGGUCCGUAACGAAGAACUGGAGGGGAUGAAGUCGAGCAUGCGUGAAGUUGAGGACCGCUUCAAUCGGAAAUUCGGUUACCCAUGGAUCUUUUUGAAUGACAAACCAUUCUCCGAGGAGUUCAAGAAGGGUGUCUCCAAGAUGACACGCUCACCUGUACACUUUGGCCUUGUUCCCCAGGAACACUGGAGCUACCCAAGCUGGAUCGACCAGGAUAAGGCUGCUUCGCAGCGCAAGAAGAUGCAUGAGGCGAAUAUUAUUUACGGUGGCUCGGAGUCGUACAGGCACAUGUGCCGCUUCCAGAGCGGCUUCUUCUGGCGCCAUCCGCUUACUUACGAGCUUGGUCUGGAGUACUAUUGGCGUGUGGAGCCGGAUAUUAAGAUUUUCUGUGAUGUCGACUAUGAUCCAUUCCUGUUUAUGCAGCUCAACAACAAGGCGUAUGGGUUCACUAUGUCCAUCCACGAGUACCCAUUGACGAUCCCUACGCUGUGGGAUGAGACCAAGAAAUUUGUUCAGGCGCACCCAGAGUACGUGGCGCCUGAUAAUGCCAUGGGUUUCAUUACGGACAAGCCAAACAAUAUUGCAGACUCUACAUACAACAUGUGCCACUUCUGGAGCAACUUUGAGAUUGGUGAUUUGCGCUUCUGGCGUGGUCAGCAAUACAUGGACUACUUUACGACGCUGGACAAGGCGGGGGGUUUCUUCUAUGAGCGUUGGGGUGAUGCGCCCGUGCAUAGCAUUGCGGCAUCUAUCUUCCUGAACAGGUCGCAGAUCCAUCACUUUGAGGACAUUGGCUACCGCCACAACCCGUGGAACCACUGCCCGGCCAACCGUGCCAAGUACCAUGAUACAGGCAAAUGUUUGUGCGAACCUGAGCAGUCGUUUGACCGCGACAGCUAUUCCUGCAUGAAUGAAUGGUGGCGCGUGUCCGUCGAAGGCCCGCCCAAGUAG